AUGUUGACUUGUAAUCACCCAGUUCCUCCGAAUCGGUACAACGAUAGGGCGGAGGUCCUUUUACGACUUACAGGUUUUUAUCAUGCAUCGCAGAUUGGGGUAGUGCAGUGUCAGAAAGCAUUGGUGAAUGCUCUGAUCGAACGUUGGCACCCGGAAACACAUACGUUUCACCUUCUCAUUGGUGAAUGUGCCGUGACUCUUGAAGAUGUGGCUCUAAUUCUUGGUCUUCCCACUGAUGGUCUUCCAGUCAUAGGGAUGACAAUGAGUAGUUUUGAAGCGUUGGAGGUGGAGUGUUUGAUUCAAUUUGGAGUUGCACCGCGUAAGUCGGAUUGUAGAGGUAGUUGCAUAAAACAUACCUGGCUGCGGGAUCUAAAAGAAAAUUUAGAGUUGACUGAUGAUAUCAGUAUACAGAGGUAUGUGAGGUGCCAUAUUAUGUUGCUGAUCGGGACGAUCUUGUUUGGGGAUAAGUCUGGGGCAGGUGUGCACUGGAAAUUUCUACCCUUGCUACGUGAUUUUGUUAGUAUUGGACAAUAUAGUUGGGGAGCGGCAUGCCUAGCACACCUCUACAGGGCGUUAUGCAGGGCAUCUCGUUUUAACUGCAAGGAAAUAGAUGGUCCACUAACGCUUCUACUCGGUUGGGCUUGGAUCAGGCUACCAUAUCUAUCGCCGCUACCUAGGGAACCCCGAAGUUUUUCACUAGCAAACAGGUGGCGGAACUGGGAGCGUGGUGAUCAACGAUAUAGAUAUCUGAAGUUAGCUCACUUUAGGAAGGCAUUCGAUGAACUUCAGGAAGGGCAGUUUGUUUGGGUUCCUUAUGCUGCGGAUCACGUGGAUCCGAACAUCAUUCCUCCUGAAAUUUACAUGCAGUCGGUUGUCUGGAGCGCUACAGUUCCGUUGGUAUCAUUUGAAUGUAUCGAGUGGCAUGCUACCGAUAGGUUUAGGCGACAGUUUGGUUUUGUUCAAGGACUACCUAAUCAGGAGCGGAAUCUAGAAAAGGCGCAUGGAGAAGUCCUGACUAGUCCCAAGAAUCUUAACUGGGCCACGGCACCGAGUCAUUCAAUUUGGGUGAUGCAUUGGUCAAACAGGUAUAACUACGUUCUAUCUGAGCUUCCCAUGCCUUCACAGCAUCCAUUAGAUAGUUACAUGCAUUGGUACCGAUCAAAAUUUGGGGACCACUUGAACUUGUCAAAUCUUGUGGGUCAAGAGAAUGAUGAAGGUGAUCAGGAUAUGGAUGAGGGUGAUCAGGAUAUGGAUGAGGAUAAUCAGGAUACCGAUGAGGGUAGUUAG